AUGGCAAAGCAGACACCGGGAUUGCGCUGUCCUGCAGAAAUCUGUCCAGUCCUUCCCAGGAGGUCGCAGAGCGCAGCAGUGCAGGAGAGCGCGGGGGGCGCAGGGGCCCUCACCAGGGGCACGCGGGGCAAAAUGGUGUGUGCCCAGGCAGCCCUUGGCCCCCGCAAGCUCUGGGCCACAGCCUGGGGACUCCUGCUGCUCGCAAUCGCUACAGAGGCGCAACGCGGUCGGAAGAAGGUUGUGCACGUACUCGAGGGCGAGUCUGGCUCCGUGGUAGUGCAGACCGCACCUGGGCAGGUGGUCAGCCACCGGGGAGGCACAAUCGUCCUGCCCUGCCGUUACCACUACGAGGCUGCCGCCCACGGCCAUGAUGACGUCCGCCUGAAGUGGACCAAGGUGGUGGACCCGCUGGCUUUCACCGAUGUCUUCGUGGCGCUGGGUCCCCAGCACCGAGCAUUUGGCAGCUACCGCGGGCGGGCGGAGCUGCAGGGUGAUGGACCAGGGGACGCCUCCCUAGUGCUUCGCAACGUCACACUGCAAGACUACGGGCGCUAUGAGUGCGAGGUCACCAACGAGCUGGAGGAUGACACGGGCAUGGUCAAGUUGGACCUGGAAGGCGUGGUAUUCCCCUACCACCCCCGUGGGGGCCGUUACAAACUGACCUUCGCUGAAGCACAGCGUGCUUGUGCGGAGCAGGAUGGCAUUCUGGCCUCGGCUGAGCAGCUGCACGCGGCCUGGCGUGAUGGCCUGGACUGGUGCAACGCAGGCUGGCUCCGCGAUGGUUCCGUGCAGUACCCUGUGAGCCACCCCCGGGAGCCCUGCGGAGGCGCUUCGAAUCCCGGGCCUGGAGGAAGCACCUCUGGGGGCGUGCGCAACUACGGUUACCGCCACAACGCAGAGGAGCGCUAUGAUGCCUUCUGUUUCACCUCCAACCUUCCCGGGCGCGUGUUCUUCCUGAAGCCCCUGCGGCCCGUGCCCUUCGAGGGGGCAGCACGUGCGUGCGCGGCGCGCGGUGCGUCGGUGGCCAAGGUGGGGCAGCUGUUCGCCGCGUGGAAACUACAGCUGCUGGACCGCUGCACGGCGGGCUGGUUGGCUGACGGGAGCGCGCGCUAUCCCAUCGUGAACCCGCGCGCGCGCUGCGGGGGACGCCGGCCCGGAGUACGUAGCCUGGGUUUCCCUGACGCUUCGCGCCGCCUCUUUGGAGUUUACUGCUACCGAGCACCUGGCGCCCCUGACCCAGCGCCUGGCGGCUGGGGCUGGGGCUGGGCAGGUGGCGGCGGCUGGGCUGGAGGAGCUCGUGACCCUGCCGCCUGGACCCCAUUGCGAGUCUAG